UAUUGUUGGUUGGUCCAAAUUUCCCCGCGAAAUUGACGUCACAAGACAGUUUCGCGCCACCGUUCAGAAGGGAACCCGUGCGAACGUUUUGAGUCAAGAUGUCUUCACCAUCAUCCCAGAGCCGUAAGAGAGACCCCCCGACCCCUGCUAGCGAGGACCCUCUCUCCCCUCCAUCACAGCGGUCGAGGGCUCAUGACACGUCCACAGAGCUUCAGCCCAUGCCCACGUCUCCAGCCAUGGACGUGUCGCUGUUCUCCAGCCCUGUGGCCCCGCGCUCUGUCCUGCAGAGUGAGAUUGAUGCGAGUUCUCCGCUGAUGUACGGCACUCCCAGCUCCAGGGUAGAAGGAACGCCCCGCAGCGGCAUACGUGGGACCCCGGCGCGUCAGCGGGCCGACCUGGGAUCUGUCCGGAAAGCUCCACAGGUCGACAUGCAUUCGGAACCACCGUCUGGAGACGCAGUGGCCGGCAGCGAGCAGGGUGCAGGACAGAGACUGGUGAUCUGGGGGACUGAUGUCAAUGUGGGAACCUGCAAGGAGAAGUUUCAGCGUUUCCUUCAGCAAUUCACAGACCCCAACUCCAGAGAGGAGGAGAACGCUGGUCUGGAUCUGAAUGAGCCUCUUUAUAUGCAGAAACUGGAUGAGAUCAGUGUUGUUGGAGAACCGGUACUGAAUGUGAACUGUAGUCAUAUUCAGACAUUUGAUGCUGAUCUCUACCGUCAGCUGAUCUGUUAUCCACAGGAAGUCAUCCCCACUUUCGAUAUGGCCGUCAAUGAGCUCUUCUUCGAUCGGUUCCCAGACUCCAUUUUGGAGCAUCAGAUUCAAGUGCGUCCCUACAGCGCCCUGAAAACCAGAAACAUGCGUGCGCUCAACCCUGAAGAUAUUGACCAGCUCAUCACUAUCAGUGGGAUGGUGAUCCGCACCUCUCAGCUGAUUCCUGAGAUGCAGGAGGCGUUCUUCCGCUGUCAGGUGUGUGCGUUUAACACGCGUGUGGAGGUGGACCGCGGCCGCAUCGCUGAACCUGCUGUCUGCCGCAACUGCAACACCACCCACAGCAUGGCGCUGGUGCAUAACCGCUCCGCCUUCUCUGACAAACAAAUGAUAAAGCUCCAGGAAUCUCCAGAGGAUAUGCCUGCGGGUCAGACGCCACACACCACUGUCGUCUAUGCACACAAUGACCUAGUUGACAAAGUGCAACCUGGAGACAGAGUAAACAUCACUGAUUAUUUUAAAUAAUGUUUGUUGUUGUUGUUGAGCCAGGUGAAGUCUGUGUACAAGACCCACAUCGACGUCAUCCACUUCCGGAAGACGGAUGAGAAGCGUCUUCACGGACUGGAUGAGGACGGCGAGCAGAAACUCUUCACCAAAGAACGGGUUGCAAUGCUCAAAGAACUAGCGGCCAAACCGGACGUCUAUGAUCGCUUGUCCUCCGCGCUGGCGCCCAGCAUCUAUGAACACGAGGACAUCAAGAAAGGCAUCCUGCUGCAGUUAUUUGGCGGGACCCGUAAGGAUUUCACUCAGACGGGCCGUGGAAACUUCCGCGCAGAGAUCAACAUCCUGCUUUGUGGUGAUCCGGGUACCAGUAAAUCCCAGCUGCUGCAAUACGUGUAUAACCUGGUUCCUCGUGGGCAGUACACGUCUGGGAAAGGAUCCAGUGCUGUGGGUCUCACAGCCUACGUGAUGAAGGACCCGGAAACCCGACAGCUGGUUCUGCAGACGGGAGCGCUCGUGCUCAGCGACAACGGCAUCUGCUGCAUCGACGAGUUCGAUAAGAUGAGCGACAGCACGCGGUCUGUGCUGCAUGAGGUCAUGGAGCAGCAAACGCUCUCUAUUGCUAAGGCUGGAAUCAUUUGCCAGCUUAAUGCUCGGACCUCCGUUCUCGCUGCAGCCAAUCCGGUGGAGUCUCAGUGGAACCCCAAGAAGACCACUAUAGAAAACAUCCAGCUGCCUCACACGCUUCUGUCCAGGUUUGAUUUGAUCUUCCUGAUGCUGGACCCUCAGGAUGAGGCGUAUGACCGGCGUCUCGCGCAUCACCUCGUGGCUCUGUAUUAUCAGAGUGAAGAGCAGAUUGAAGAGGAGCAUCUGGAUAUGGCUGUGUUGAAAGACUACAUCGCUUUCGCUCGCACGUCUGUGCAUCCCAGACUCAGUGAGGAAGCUAGUCAGGCCCUUAUUGAGGCCUAUGUAGAUAUGCGUAAGAUCGGCAGCGGCAGAGGGAUGGUGUCUGCGUACCCCCGUCAGCUGGAGUCUCUCAUCAGACUGGCUGAAGCUCACGCUAAAGUACGUUUCUCAAGCAAAGUCGAGUCCAUCGAUGUGGAGGAAGCCAAGAGACUGCACAGAGAAGCCCUGAAACAGUCCGCAACUGAUCCCAGGACAGGCUUCGUGGAUAUCUCCAUCCUCACCACAGGGAUGAGUGCUACAGCACGCAAGCGUAAGGAGGAAGUGGCUCAGGCUCUGAAGAAACUCAUCCAAUCAAAGGGCAAAACACCAGCUAUGAAGUACCAGCAGCUGUUUGAUGAUCUUCGUGGCCAGUCAGAAGCGGCCAUCACAAAGGACAUGUUCGAAGAGGCUCUCAGAGCACUUGCUGAUGAAGAUUAUCUGACCGUCACUGGAAAGACUGUUCGGCUUCUGUGAACGCGCGCUGCGCCUGACUGCUGCUUCCUCCCUUUUGUUACUUGCUUUAUCCUAUUCUCUGUUUCUAUAGAGCAAUUAUUGUUAAUAGUGAUAUGUAUGGACAAUUUCUGGCUGCAAUAAAUGCAUUUUGUUGUUCAAGAGAAGAC